CCACGCCCGACGACCACCUCAGAGAGCUCACAGGCCUCGCCCACCUUCAAGAUGUCUCUCGUUGUUCCCGAGGCCCACCAGCAGUUCCAGCACAUUCUGCGUCUGCUCAACACCAAUGUUGACGGCAAGCGCAAGAUCAUGUACGCCCUGACGGAGAUCAAGGGUGUCGGUCGCCGCUACUCCAACAUCGUCUGCAAGAAGGCCGAUGUCGACCUCAACAAGCGCGCCGGUGAACUCAACUCCGAUGAGCUGGAGCGCAUUGUCACGAUCAUGCAAAACCCGACGCAGUUCAAGAUCCCCACCUGGUUCUUGAACAGGCAAAAGGACAUCGUCGAUGGCAAGGACUACCAGAUCCUGUCCAACGGCAUUGACUCCAAGCUCCGUGACGAUCUUGAGCGGCUAAAGAAGAUCCGUGCCCACCGUGGUCUCCGUCACUACUGGGGCCUCCGUGUCCGUGGCCAGCACACCAAGACGACUGGUCGUCGCGGCAAGACCGUCGGUGUGUCGAAGAAGCGUGGUUAAACGUUGGAUUUUGUAUGCAUCUUACCUACUCUCAUGCAUCCUUAUGUCAUGCUUUCUAUGCUCGCGGCCAUUGGACGCUGCUCGGCGUCAGACUCAGAAAAAAUAACAUAUGCAGUGCGCUACCUCUUGUCUUGGCCUGCGUUCAGUCAGAAGCUUC